AUGCGCAAGACACUCUUCCUUGUUUUCAUCCAUGGGUUCAAAGGCGGAGAUGACACUUUUGCUGUCUUCCCAGAACAUCUGCGAGCACUCGUGAGCCAUGCCCUUCCGAAUAUCGAUGUUGUCACUGCGACAUAUCCCAAAUUCGAGACCCGCGGCGAGUUGAGAGAGUGUGUGGCACGGUUUAGAGAAUGGCUACAAAACAAGGUCAUCGACCUGGAGGUCGCUCGCUCGACUCCAUCUCCAACUGUGGACCCCUCCGUCCAUGUCAUACUGGUCGGUCACUCGAUGGGGGGCAUCGUGGCGGCUGAGACGUACCUGCUCCUCGCCAGUGAGCAACCUAUUCCAGCGCGAUCUUCCGCCCAAAAUCCCGAAAGACCCAACUUCCCUUCCAACACGACCCUGGGUUCGACAACAUCGACCUCCCAUCCGGCGCCAAUACACCAUGAGCCAGAUUCGACGUCUUACACUUUCAUGUUCCCGCACAUCCAAGGCGUCCUUGCUUUCGAUACGCCUUUCCUCGGGCUGGCCCCGGGGAUGGUGGCUCACGGACUCGAGGGGGGCCACAAAGUUGUCGCCAAUGCGUACAACACCUACUCGGAAGUUGCUUCCAUGUUUGGCUGGGGUUCCAAGUCCGAACCCAACGUCUCAUCGACAUCCCCCGCCGCCGGCGCGAAAUCCAUAGGCGCCCUCCCCGCGCCAGCCGCCUCUUCCACACAAGACGCGGCAGCCGCCCCCAAAUGGCAGGCUUGGGGGAAAUAUGCAAUGUUUGCUGGUGCUGCUGGCGCCGUGGUUGCCGGGGGUGCCGCGGCCUUGUACUCCCAGCGUGAGAGACUCAGUGCUGGUUGGAAGUGGGCCAGCGACCACCUCUUGUUUGUUGGGGAGCUGUUCAAACCCGAGCACUUGCGUAAGCGGGUCGAAUCUCUGGAGCGGGAAUGUAAAGAACGAGGAGCUGGAUGUGCCAACCUGUACACCAACCUUGGAAAAGGAGCCAGUGGCGGAUAUGGUAUCACGGAGUCUUUGGCAGGUAAGGAGAGGACAUUUUGCAAUCUGCCUGUGCAGGUCAGCCGCGAUCGAAAAGAGGGCAAAGAAGGCACGCGCGAGGGAACUUCAAACGGAUUCAAGUGGAUCAAAGCUGUUAACGACAAAGCUUCCGACGAGACCACGGCGCAUGUGUCCAUGUUUAUUCCACGGGAUAACCCCGGCUUCUACGCGCUCGGGGAACGUGCAAAAGAGUGCAUCGCGCGCUGGGUUGAUCAGGGCUGGUACCGCGCGAGCAAUGGACCGACGUUUCUGAAACCUGAGUUCAAUCGCGUAGAAUUGGGCGAAUCACCGGACGGCGGGUGGGUGAAGCCCGACGCGGAUGAAAUCAGAGCCCGAGAGAGAGCAAGAGAUCGCUAUGGCAGUUCUUACAAGGACGCCGACGCCGACGCCGACGUCGGAGGGAAUCUAGGUAAGGAUUGGGACUCUCUUGAGUUUGACCGUGGUAAGGAUGGUGAUGACGACUUGGAUGGUGAGAACCUCAGGAUGAGAGAAGAGGACGAAGAGCUUGAGGGGAGCGUGCUUGUUGAGAAAAUGGCCGCCAAUGGCGAGGUGCCGCUGCCCAGGUCGAGAGGUAAUACUGGAGUAUGA